AAAGUAGGAAAAAAAGAAGAAGAAAAAAGACAAGCUAAAGCAAAUAAAUAAGUCAAAAUCAAAGAGAGACAGGUGCGAUUCCUCCUCCUUUCUCAUCCAGUUGCAUUUCCUCGUUGGGUCAUAUAUUGAUUUUUACGCGUCGGAGAGGCUGAGGAGAGAGAGAGGAAUCAGAUCAGCAAAUUUUCAUUUUUUCCGAUAUCUUCUCUCUCCGUCGGCCAAUUCCAUUUCCGUUAAAACCCUUUGCCCGUCGCCACCAUGAACGAGAAGGCUAAUGUUACAAAAGAGCUUAAUGCUAAGCACAGAAAGAUACUAGAAGGACUUCUUAAAUUGCCCGAGAACAGGGAAUGUGCAGAUUGCAAAGCCAAGGGUCCUAGAUGGGCAAGUGUGAACCUGGGGAUAUUUAUUUGCAUGCAAUGCUCUGGGAUCCACAGAAGUCUGGGGGUGCACAUAUCGAAGGUCAGAUCAGCUACUCUAGACACAUGGCUUCCUGAACAAGUUGCAUUUAUUCAAUCAAUGGGAAAUGAGAGGUCAAAUAGUUAUUGGGAAGCAGAGCUGCCUCCAAAUUAUGAUAGAGUUGGUAUUGAGAAUUUCAUCCGAGCAAAAUAUGAAGAUAAGAGGUGGGUCCCUAAAGAUGGGAUACAAAAACCACCUUCCAGGGUUCAAGAAGAGAGGGCUUCAGUGCAAUGGCAACAAAACAGUGAUAGAAGUGGGCGUGGACAUGCGACUAACUCAGGGGUUGCAUCUGAUGAGAGGAAGAACGUUCAAGCCCCGAACACAAAGCAAGAUGUACCUGCUGCUAGAGUCAGUAUACCACUGCCUCCUAGAGGGCCAGAGCAUGUAAGUUCGAGUCAGGUUGCUUACCGGACAAAUCAGAAAGCAGAGCCUGUUGUAGUCGCUGAAUCUAUAAAGCAGGUUGCAGAAGCUACGAAUCCUCCUAAAGUUGAUUAUGCUACUGAUCUUUUUGACAUGCUUUCUAUGGAUUCUCCAAGUGACAAUGGCUCGGAAGCAGCUUCUACCGAUGAUAACUCAUGGGCAGGUUUCCAGUCUGCUCAAGAAGCAACAAAAGCAGAAAAAACAGGGGCUACAAAAACUGAUGAUCAGAUGUCUCAAUCUGCUUCUGCUUCUGGAAUUGAAGAUUUAUUCCAGGAUUUACCAUCAAUUCUGCCUUCUGCCUCAUCCGGGAAGCCGCAGAAAGAUGUAAAAAAUGAUAUAAUGAGCCUUUUUGACAAGUCCAAUAUGGUGUCACCUUUUGCUAUGCAUCAACAACAGCUCGCUAUGCUGGCACAACAACAGUCUUUACUAAUGGCUGCUGCUGCUGCUGGCGGUGCUGUAAAAAUUCCUGUGAAUGCACAGCAAGGCCCUAACGGUGCCAAUAUGGUAAAUCAAAAUUGGCCAAAUUUGGGCUAUCAGUUCCCUGGUGUGAUGAUGCCAGCAGCUGGUAAGACUGAGCCGGAGAAAUAUAUGCAGGUAGGCAAUAUGGGACCGACACAUGUAGUUGGGAACUCUGUGCCACUUUCAACAUCCAGCUUCUACUCGAUGGGACAAAAUUCUUCCAGCAACGGUAUUUUGCCGUCCGGACCUAGCAAGCAGCCAGCUACUCCUAUUUCAUCAAGUUCUGCGCAGUCGACAAAAGAAUUCGACUUUUCCUCUUUGACGCAGGGGAUGUUCUCAAAACGCUGAAAACUCUUCGAGGAAGGAAGCAUACUAGUUGUUAGUAUACAAAUUGUUUUUUCCACAGGGAAUUAGCUUUUGUUGUUCUACUCCUGUUUUGGAGAUUGUAAACUAAUGUAGAGGAGCAAUAUUGAGUUUUCUUCAGGUUAUGGCUUGAUUUGUAUUUUUGUAUCUGG